CCGGGCUCGACCUUCUUAAAGGGCCACGGACGGCUGUAACCUUCAGGGCGCUCUUGGGGACGAGGAGUGAAGCGAGCGAGGCGGAGAGUCAGAACAUGGCGUAGGGUCAACUCUCUCUGUGAUGCGAGGGGCCAUCCAGGAUCUUCAUCUGGAUGAUUUUUUUCAUUAGAGGAGGAGUUGUCAGUGCCCGUGGCUUUGGGAGGCAUGUUCAAGAAUGUGGCAGCCAUCUGUUUGCACCUGGUGGGGCCCCUCCGGGGAAAGAAGACUGGAGCUUCCCUCACCCAGUGCUUUCACCAGACUCUCACCAUGGCGAAAAGGCUGCAGGCUCGAAGGCUGGACGGGAUUGACUACAACCCCUGGGUGGAGUUUAUCAAACUGUCCAGUGAGGACGAUAUUGUGAACUUGGGCCAAGGCUUUCCCGACUUCCCACCCCCAGCCUUCGCCGUGGAGGCCUUUCAGCACGCCGUCAGCGGGGACUUCAUGCUCAACCAGUACACCACGGCAUUUGGUUACCCACCACUGACGAGGAUCCUGGCAAGUUUCUUUGGGAAGCUUCUCGGACAGGAGAUAAACCCGCGCAAGAACGUGCUGGUGACCGUGGGUGCCUACGGGGCCCUGUUCACAGCCUUCCAGGCCCUGGUGGAUGAAGGAGAUGAGGUCAUCAUCAUUGAGCCGUUUUUCGACUGUUAUGAGCCCAUGACAUUGAUGGCGGGGGGUCGCCCUGUGUUUGUGUCGCUGAAGCCGAGCCCCACUCGGGAUGGGGAACUGGAUUCCUGCAGCGACUGGCAGCUGGACCCCGUGGAGCUGGCCAGCAAGUUCACAUCUCGCACCAAAGCCCUAAUCCUCAACACUCCCAGCAACCCCCUAGGAAAGGUGUUUUCCAGGGCAGAGCUGGAGCUGGUGGCCAGCCUGUGCCAACAGCAUGACGUGGUCUGCAUCGCCGAUGAGGUCUACCAGUGGCUGGUCUACGACGGGUAUCAGCACGUCAGCAUCGCCAGCCUUCCUGGCAUGUGGGAUCGCACCCUGACCAUUGGCAGCGCUGGCAAGACCUUUAGUGCCACUGGCUGGAAGGUGGGCUGGGUGCUGGGCCCGGGUCGUCUCCUGAAGCACCUGCACACUGUACACCAGAACUCUAUCUUUCACUGUCCCACGCAGGCCCAGGCCGCAGUAGCCGAGAGCUUCGAGUGGGAGCAGCUGCACUUUGGCCAACCCAGCAGCUACUUUGUGCAGUUUCAACAGGCCUCACAGCGCAGCCGCGACCACGUGAUGCGAAGCCUGCAGUCCGUGGGCCUGAGGCCCAUCAUCCCGCAGGGCAGCUACUUCCUCAUCACGGACAUCUCGGAGUUGAAGAGCAAGAUGCCUGACUUGCCAGGCGCUACAGAUGAGCCGUACGACAGCCGCUUCGUCAAGUGGAUGAUAAAGAACAAGGGCUUGGGGGCCAUCCCGGUCUCCAUCUUCUACAGUGCGCCCCAUCGCAAGCACUUUGACCAUUAUAUCCGCAUCUGUUUUGUGAAGGAUGAAUCCACACUCCAGGCCAUGGACAAGAAGCUGCAGAAGUGGAAGGAUGAGCUCGGGCCCUGACGUUGCCCCCUCGGCCCCGCCCUACCUGGUCCCGCACGCUCUGCAGGCCUCCGUGUUUGUCCAAGUCUGAGCCACUCCCAGGUUGGGGAUAGAUGGUCCUGGUGGACACCUUCUCUGUGACACAGAAUGUCCCCAGGGAAGAGCCCCCUUCUUGGUCUUGGGGGAGUCAGGAGCACCUCCCCAUGGUGCCUAUAUUCCUGUCACAGAGGUGAGGGAGGCCUGACCUGUGCCUUUCCCUGCCCCUCCCCAGGUUGGGUCAUAGGGUCUUGGGUCCCCUUGGGCCUCCCCUGUCUUGGCUGGGACUCAGUGGGCAGAAUACGACAGUGUUCUGGCCUUGACCCCCAGCCCUGAGCUGGCCCCAGCUGAGGCUCGGGCAUCCCUCCCUUUCCUUAUCUAACCUCGGCCUUGGGAAGUUGCCUUUGGCUUGAGUCCUCGAGCCAGUACCUUUUGCCCGUAAUAAACUUUUAAGUAACCAAA